AUGACUCUUUCGAACAAAGCCGAGCAGGUUACUGAAACUGUUCAGGAGGUGGAUACUGGAAAUGAAAGAAAGUGGUUCACUAAACUGUUUCGUACAGGAGUUCUGAGAAGCAGCGAAGAAUCCAAAUUCGUUAGAAAACUGGACUUGUAUCUGCUUACUUGGGGCUGCAUAGCGUAUCUGAUCAAAUCUAUUGAUCAAACUAACUACUCUAAUGCGUACGUUAGCGGAAUGAAAGAAGAUCUCAAUAUUGUUGGAAAAGAGUAUAACUGGAUUAGCACCUAUUUCAAUAUUGGCUAUGCUGUCGGGCUAAUUCCAUCUCAAAUUUCGAUGACUAGAGUAAGCACGCCUUAUUGGUUAAGUUCGUGUGAGUUUAUUUGGGGUGUCCUGACCCUGUCGUGUGCUUUUGUCAAGUCGGUUCAUGCUCUGUUUCCGCUCCGGUUCCUGAUCGGGCUUUUUGAAAGCAGUGCGUGGCCAGGAAUGAUGACCAUCUUCUACAACUAUUAUACAAAAAAAGAACUAGCUACACGUGCUGCGCUGUUUACUGGCUCAUACUAUGCUGGAAGUAUGUUUACCGGAUUCAUGCAAGCCGCGAUCUAUAAAACAAUGAACGGACACGGAGGUCUCGCAGGAUGGAAAUGGCUAUUUGUGAUUAAUGGUCUAAUGACGGUUGCCAUUGCCUCACUUGGGUUCUAUAUUGUUCCUGAUUCUCCUCAAAACGGAGGAGCCAAAUGGAUGACUGCAGAAGAUCUUGCUAUCGCGAACGAAAGAAUGUUUAACAUUGGACGAGAAACUAAACGGCAAUUUAACCUGAAGCGGGUGCUAAAAAUUCCUUUGGAUUACCGUGUUUGGCUGUUCCUUCUGGCGUACGUGCCUGCGGUAUGGACGACCUCUGUUGCGUACUUCAACUUAUGGCUCAAGAGCCUGAAAACCGAUGAUGGAAGCUUGCGGUACUCUGUCGAACAGCUAAACUUGAUUCCUAUUGCUGGCUCUGCCGUUCAGCUGGUCACUAUAGUCACCCUUUCGAAGCUGGCGGAUUUUGCCAACGCUCGGUUUAUUGUGCUUGUGGCCGAAAAUAUCACGCAGCUUGUUGGUAGCAUCAUCUUGGCUACACGUCCAGAAAGCAUCGGCGUCAAUUACUUUGGCUAUUUUCUUCUCUAUGCGCAAGGAGCGAAUACGCCGAUUCUUAUAUCCUUCCUGCCGGAGAUCUGGGCAACGGCUCCUGACCUAAGAGCCAUAAUAACAGGUGUCACGGUUGUCAUGGUCUAUGCCAACAAUGCCUGGCUACCGUUGUUUUUGUGGCCCGCGAAUGAAGCUCCUGAGUACAAGUAUGGCUACAAGGUUACGUGCGGGCUGACUGGAGCUUCAUCUGUGGGAAUUGUCUUAUUCUACUUUCUGGCUUACAAAAGAAGCAUAAGAAAGAUGGAACUGAAAUAUGACUCUGAAGAGGCUCUGCCAGUAAAUAUCUCUACAGAGAGCUCUAAAUGA